AUGUCGGAUAACCAGAGCUGGAAUUCUUCGGGUUCCGAUGAAGAUUUGGAGACCGCGGAAUCGGGAGUCGGGCAGCCUGUUGUUGGAAUCGCCGAGUUCAGUGGAAUCCUCAGCAAGGUAACUGACCUGACGUGAAGUCUGGCUUAAGUUAGCUAGUUAGCUAACGUUAACUACCGUAGCUAGCUAGCUCUGAGUGGUUGAGAUGGGUAUAUAGAGACAGCUAGCUAGCCAUAUGCAGGGCUCUACAGUGCGACCAUUUUAGUCGCAUAUGCGCCUACAUAUUUUGCUGUGCGACAUGGAAUUGUUAUUUAGGAGCACCAGUGCGCCUAUAAUUUUAAAAAAUAUUUUAGCUUUAUUACCUUUGUGCUCCCAAAUGUCUUUGUGUGCGCCUACAUUUUCCAAUUUGGGUGCACACGUGCUCCUAGUAAAAAAGGUAAGUGUAGAGCCCUGAUCUGGCUAUAACCCGCAAUUACCUUCCUCCCAGGUCGUGCCAGCCAAUAGUAUACAUAGCCUAUAGGCCUACUGUAGGGAUAUGGGCUAAUUAAACGAUAUUGUUGGUUGACAAAGUGUCAGGCCUGUAAUUGUUGUGAACAAGAACCAAAGCGCGCAAGCUGUUUUGGUUUAUUUUUAAAUGUCAAACUAGCUAACGGUAACCAAACCAGCCACAUACACUAGCUGACAGCUGGCCCAUCUUUACUUGACCGUGGCUUCUGGUUGGGGGUUUCUGAAAGCCUUUAACAAAACUGUAGCUCUCUAACUUUAGGCCUUAGCAAGCAGAAUAUUACCUAGGUAAGCAGUUAUUGCUGUGUGGGUUGCCAUUCUAAAGUCUGUCUGACCAUAGAAAUAGAACGAUCAUUAUAUUUAUGUGGCCUGACUUGCCAACCCAAGCAUGUUGAGAGAUUAUUGCACAUCAUAAUCAUGCUAAACUCACCUGCAUUAUCAUAGUAAGCCCUGUACAUGUGAUAAAUUAGUUUUAGAUGGAUGAAUGGGUUUUCUCUUUACCUAGUUAACUGUUGUUGUCAUACAGCCUUGAGUGCUUGCUUGCCACAUAUUGUUACCUCAGAUUAAUGCCACAGUAGAAUAUUGCAUCAAAACAGUAGUUAACAAAUGGAUAUGAAUGUAGAAGUUAUAGACUAAGCCAGUGACCUUAAACUUUACAUUACUUUACCUUAAUCAUAUGACUCUACCUUCCUAGUGUUUCAUCAACUACCCAUUGUGUGAUUGAAAUGGUUGUUGUUGUUGUCAUCCAAUCUUUGUCUCAUUUAGCUUUUUCAGAUUGCUUGAAUUGUCUGUUUCUGCUGUAGCCAACUUGUGCCAACAAUGUGUCAUUACAUAGGGGGAAAAAAGGUAUAUUGUGUUAGACUAUCGUGUGCAUCCUCAUUAUAACAAGACCACUGGGAAUUCCUCCCUCCCUCAUAGCUAAGUAACUUUAAUUUGCAUUCCCUUUCCUCUCCUUCAGUGGACCAACUAUAUCCAUGGCUGGCAGGAUCGCUGGGUGGUUCUGAAGAACAACACCUUGAGCUACUACAAGUCUCAGGACGAGAGAGAGUUUGGCUGCAGAGGGUCCCUGUGUCUCAGCAAGGCUGUCAUCACU